CCUCUUUUUUGACAGCAUUACUGGACAGUUAGCUGCUCGGUGUUGACUUCUCUACAUGAUAUAUUUCAUAUUCAUUCACAAACACUUUGUUUCGUUUCAGAUAAACCUGCCUGUUCUGCGUGCACUUUGAAGAUUCCCGGGCUAGCUUAGCUUGCUAGCUGCUAACAAAGAGAAGAAGCGGAAGUGAUCGACACGUCGCUAAAGUGUUGUGAUUGUGUGAAAAUGUGCAAAGUAGAAAUGCUGAGAGUGUUGGUGAAGCAGCGACUAACUGCUGCUGUGGAAGAAAUAUUUGUAGUGUUAGAAAGAACCAUAGCAGAAUACGAGGAGGAACUUUCUAGAAGAAAAGAGGAGAACGAGCGACAACGUCAACUACUGGACGCUCUUUUCAACAAACAUCAACAAACAGAUGUGAGUGAAGAACAUCUUCCCCUGGGGCAGCAGGAGUGGAACUCCAGGUUGGCGCAGGAGGAGCCGCAGACCCCCUACAUUAAACAGGAAUAUGAGGACCCACAGCCACCCUACCUUAAAGUGGAAAAGGAGGACGGUCACGUCAGUCAGGAGGGAGGGCAUCAUGGCGGAUUCCAGGAGUUCCCCGUGAUUGUGGAUGAGGUCAAAGGUGAAAGCGAGGAGAGAAUAGAGGCGGAGCCUCUGAGCAGCAGCUCAGCUGAACAGGUGACAGAUGGCAACACACAUUUUCGAUGUUCUCCGUACCAGAAAAGUAUCGUCAGUGAGAGAAAUCUAAACCAACACAUGACCGCGCACAAAGGAGUGAAACCAUUCAAGUGCUUAGUUUGUGGCAAAGAUUUUGGACGAAGCUACGAGUUAAAGAUUCACAUGAGGAAACAUACGGGGGAGAAACCCUACACGUGCACAGUCUGCGCCAAAGGGUUUUCUCAGAAGGGACAUUUUACCGCCCACGCGAGGAUACACACCGGAGAAAAACCCUUCACCUGUUCGCUGUGCGGCAAAAGUUUUGUGCGUAAUCACGAUCUGAAGUUGCACGUGCGACGGCACGUGGGGGAAAAGCGCUACUCCUGUUUGAUUUGCAGCAAGCGCUUCUGCGAUAGAACGCCGUUUGUCAUCCACAUGAGGACGCACACGGGCGAGAAAGUGUUCAGGUGCGGUGUGUGCGAGCAAAGGUUCUCUUACAAAUACCAGCUGGACAAUCACAAGUGUGCUGAUGACACCGGCAGCAGGAAAUGAAGACCACAAAUCAAGUUUGACAACUUUCUUCUCGUCAACAAACUUUGUAAUGCUUUUAGCAAGCCGGUCUGUUAGCAGUUAGCAUCUUUCUUCUGUUUGUCUCAGACUGAUUUACUAAUAUUUACAGUGGUGGUCAAAAGUGUACGUACACGUGCAAAAAACAUGAUGUCAUGGCUGUCUUGAGUUCCCAAUCCUUUCUACAACUCUUAAUUGUUUGUGAUGUAGUGAUUGGAGCACAUACUUGUUGCUCACUAAAAAUAUGUGAGCAAAUGUGCUGGGUCAAAAGUACCGUAUUUCCUUGAAUUGGCGCCGGGUAUAUAGUAUGCGCCUACCUAGAAUUACUGCCGGGUCAAACUCGUUUCGCCAAAUAAUUAGCAUAUGCCUAGAAUUUCCACCGGGUCAAACUCGUCACGUCACGAGUGACACUUCACCUGUCAUCAUUUUCAAAAUGGAGGAGGUUUAUUUCAAUCAUUUGAAAUCGCAUAAAGGGAAGAAGAUUAAGAGCUAUUCAGUAGGAUUUAAGGUCCAAGCUAUUGAAUAUGCUCAAAAGAACAGUAAGCAGCUAUGUUUUAUUAAUAUUCCGUAGCUGUGUGUGUCAAAUAUGAGUCAUUAAAUGACUCCCGCCUCCUGGUGGUAGAGGGCGCUAGUGAUCCUUCUUGCGACUACUCGGCUGCAGAAGAAGUGACAACAAGCAGCAAGAGUGAGCAGCGUGUGUUUAUUUUUCCCUCUCGCUUGCACUUUUAACAUGGAGGAUUACAUAUCUAAAAUAAAACAGUUUUCUAAACUGGACUUUCAAUGGAAGCAGGAGGUAAUAAAGGAAGAUCUCCAUCGAGACAGAGAGACUUUUAAAACUGAAGAAAGAUAAGGAAGACUUCUAUAAACAAGUUAGCGGUGCUUUUGAUCAGAAGGAGCUGCGCAUGGACUUCAUUUAUAAGUAAAGGUAAGACCGUAAUAAGGUUUUGUUUAUUAAAUGUGCUUUUCAUAAUGGUAUCCUUACAUCACACUCAAAUUUAUAAGCGCAGGCCUAAAUUUACCGCAUGCCUUUGGUAAACGCCGGAGUGAGAAGAGGUUUUAAAUAAAUUAGCGCCCCAGUGGCAAUUCAAGCAAAUACGUACGUACAGCAAUGUUCAUAUUUGCUUACAUGUCCCUUGGCAAGUUUCACUGCAAUAAGGCGCUUUUGGUAGCCAUCCACAAGCUUCUGCUUCCAUUUUUAACCACAAAAUUGGUGCAGUUCAGCUAAAUGUGUUGCUUUUCUGACAUGGACUUGUUUCUUCAGCAUUGUCAACACCUUUAAGUCAGGACAAAUAGCUCCAUUUUUGUUUCAUCUGACAUCACAUGGAUACAAAUAAGACCUUCUGGAGGAAGGUUCUGUGGUCAGAUGAAACAAAAAUGGAGCUGUUUGGCCACAAUACCCAGCAAUAUUCUGACUUAAAAGUGUGGACAAUGCUGAAGAAACAAGUCCAUGCCAGAAAAACAACACGGCAUACCUCGGUUGGUAGAGUGGCCGUGUCAGCAACUUGAGGGUUGCAGGUUCGAUUCCUGCUUGUGCCAUCCUAGUUACUGCCGUUGUGUCCUUGGGCAAGACACUUUACCCACCUGCUCCCAGUGCCACCCACACUGGUUUAAAUGUAACUUAGAUAUUGGGUGUCACUAUGUAAAGCGCUUUGAGUCACUUGAGAAAAAGCGCUAUAUAAAUACAAUUCACUUCACUUUACUUCAAUUUAGCUGAACUGCAGCAAUUUUGUGGUGAAAAAUGUAAGCAGAAGCUUGUGGAUGGCUACCAAAAGCGCCUUAUUGCAGUGAAACCUGCCAAGGGACAUGUAAGCAAAUAUUAACAUUGCUUUAUGUAUACUUUUGAUGGCUCAUAUUCUCAGUAGAGCCAUAAUAAAUUCAUGAAAGAAGCAAACUUCAUGAAUGUUUUUAGUGAGCAACAAGUAUGUGCUCCAAUCACUACAUCACACAAAUAAAAGAGUUGUAGAAAUGAUUGGAAAGUGAAGACAGCCAUGACAUGAUGACAUGAUAUCCUUUACAACCACCACUGUAUUUAUUUUCAUGUCAACACAGACUUUAUAGCUCAAUUUAGUGCUGACAGUGCAGAAGUGUCCCAGCACAACUGUUUCUCUUACUCAAGCCUCCAAUAUCAGCGUUGUGUUUGCCGACAUGGAUCCGCUACGAUAUCAGCCGGAAUCAUAUAUCACUUUUGUAUUAUUUAGUAGUGUGGAAAGUUCGAGAAGGUUUGAUCAAGUGAAAAGAGUCAAAGAGAGCAAUGGUUGCCACGACAAACACUAACAUAUUUAUUACUCACCAUCUGGACAGGACUUGAGUAUCUUUUUCAGUAUCAGACUGUUGCAGGAAGGAGAACCACCGCACUAAAACCACACUUAUGUGAUGACCUCAUCGGAUUUUUUUCUUCUUGGGCAAUUUUGGUGUCCAUAUAGUGUUUGUUUUUUUCAUAAUUAAUAUAUCAUGCAAUCAAUAGUGCAUCAUAUGCAUUAUUUAUUACUCAUUUUUAGUGUUUCAUUAUCUUUUACUUUUUUUACCGUAUGCAACCAUAUAGUUUCCCCAUUGUGGCAUAAAUACAGGUCUAUCCUGUCAAUAAAUUGAAGUGGAGUGAUAACAGUAAUUCAUUAAUUCCUCCAAAGGCUUAGUGGCCACAUGCGUGGACAGCACCUUUUAGCUCUUAUUUCCAAAAUGGUGUACACUACUCAAUUGGGGUCUUAUGGCCACUUAUGUGGACACUUAUACUCCCAUCUGGUGGUGUCAGAAGAGUAUAACAUACAAUGCAAUUUGGAGAGAAAAAAAGUGUAAAAAUAUGAAUUAGCAUGUCACAAACGUGAAGUACACUUUUGUGUACUUAUGGACUAAGUACAUCAUAUCAAAAGAUGGUUCUUAGUUUUUAUUCUAAUUAGGGUCCAAUAAGCCCAAACAGCAAAAAGAAAUACAAUAAAAAAGCAUGUAAACAAACAACUUGGGCCUUAAGAGGUUAAGUUACGAUCAGCGAUGCGGAAACGUUUGUUACUGGACACUUUCUGAUACACUUUGUGUAAGUAUAAUGCAGCUAGAAUUAUGUGAUGCUUGUUUACGUUGACAAAUGUGCUGGCUUAUUGUUUAGUGGUUUUUACGUACGUCUAGCUUGUGUGCUGUUGUGUAGCUGCUAACUCUUGAAGCAUGUUUUUAUUUUUUUUUUGCGAAUGACGUGACUAAAAUAGAAGUAAAGACCA